AUGCCCCAAACGCUGAGUUCUACCAGUAUGUUUACCCCAUGUGGCUUCAGCCCUCAUCUACAUACGUCAAAAGAAGAUGAACAAGGAGGACUGAUCUUCCAGGAUGGAAACCUUACCUCAGCAUCUCUGGAUGCUCUAAUCCAGCAUCUGAUACCUACCACUGAUUACUACCCUGAAAAAGCAUAUAUCUUCACAUUUUUGUCCCGAGUUUGUCACAAGUGCAUUGAGCAGCAGCGGCUGGACGACCCCGUGCUGGACAAGGCUCGGAUCAGAAAAUUUGGACCCAAAAUCUUACAGUUGCUGACAGAGUGGACAGAGACAUUCCCGUAUGACUUUCAAAAGAUUGGCCACCUGAAAGACAUGAUUCACAGGAUAGCCCCAUGUGAUGAGGCCUACUGGAAAAAAAUGAAUCAGCUUUUGCAAACCCUGAAUCAGAAGCUUGCAGCCCUCAGCCAUGGGCAAGAAGGGAUUGUCAAGAUCAGUGCUGCUGUCUCUGAUAAGCUGGUUGCCUUUAAAAGUAAACCUCCAUCAAUUCAGAGAGAAAUCCUGAGCGUCUGCAGUGACCCUUACACUCUGGCGCAGCAGCUGACACAUGUGGAGCUGGAGAGGCUAAGUCACAUUGGACCUGAGGAGUUUGUGCAGGCAUUUGUACAUAAAGACCCUCUGGAUGGCACCAAGACUUGUUUCAGUGAGCAGAAGAAGACAAGUAACCUUGAGGCCUAUGUGAAAUGGUUCAAUAGACUCUGCUAUCUUGUAGCAACAGAAAUUUGCAUGCCUGCAAAAAAGAAACAGCGAGCACAAGUCAUCGAAUUCUUCAUUGAUGUUGCCCGAGAGUGCUUUAACAUAGGGAAUUUUAAUUCGCUGAUGGCAAUCAUUUCUGGAAUGAACAUGAGUCCAGUUUCCAGGCUAAAGAAGACUUGGUCAAAAGUGAAAACAGCCAAAUUUUUCAUUCUUGAGCACCAGAUGGACCCUACCGGUAACUUCUAUAACUACAGAACGGCAUUGCGGGGGGCUGCUCACAGGUCCCUCACCGCACACAGCAACAGGGAGAAGAUUGUGAUCCCCUUCUUCAGCCUAUUGAUCAAAGACAUUUAUUUUUUGAAUGAAGGAUGUGCUAAUCGCCUUCCAAAUGGACAUGUCAACUUUGAAAAAUUUCUGGAACUGGCUAAGCAAGUAGGAGAAUUUAUAACAUGGAAGCAAGUGGAAUGUCCCUUUGAACAAGACCCUAACAUCAUCCACUACUUGCAUACUGCUCCCAUUUUUACUGAAGAUGGUUUGUAUCUGGCUUCCUAUGAAAGUGAAAGUCCGGAAAACCAGACAGAAAAAGACAGGUGGAAAUCACUAAGAUCCACUAUUUUAGGAAAGACUUGA